UUUGGCAUCCAAGCGUGUCUGCAUCAAAAACGGCACUUAUGCGAGUUAUGCAUUCCCCCGGCGCAGGGUAAGCUGCUUGGGAUUAUCACAUUCAUCUGUCGGGACUCAGAUGCGCUAAUGCUCAUAAGUGCAGGGGUCCUGCAUCUGUUUCGGCUAGCCUGGUCGCCCAGUGGACGACUUGUUUUUGUCCUUGUCAGCUUCACGGCGACCCUCCCCAGAAGAGCAACGCCGUCUGAAAAUUUGCCUUCCACUCAUUUGGGCCAAGGGUCAACAAUCCGUGUUGGUUCCGAGAGCCGCUUGACGUAGCUUGGAAGGCAUCC